AUGCUGCGCCGAGGCCGCAAGGCCGCCAAGAGGCGAAGACACUUGAGCAACCGCCUCCGCGACCAACAAGACCUGGCGCUGAGCAGCAACAUCUACCUCCUGCGGGAGAUGGGCCCCACCGGCUUCCUGCUGCGGGAGGAGGAGCCCGAGAAGAAGGAUUUCCGAGUUUUUCUAGGAAACCCUCAUGUUUGUAAUUGUUCCACAUUUUUGAAAGAAAAGGAACUAUGUAAGCAUAUAUGCUGGAUUUUGUUGAAAAAAUUCAAACUUCCAAGGACUCAUGAAUAUGCUUUGCAGUUAGGUCUUGUGGAAAGUGAAAUCAGUAACUUGCUUCAGGGGAUACAUCAGAUUCAAUCUUCCCAGCAAGGAAAGAAAGAUGAAAAUGUGCAGAUUGAAGAAGAUGGGAAGAUCAAACAGAAGGAAAUUGGUCCAGAUGAUAUCUGCCCUAUUUGUCAAGAAGUACUUUUAGAGAAAAGGCUUCCUGUCACUUUUUGCAGGUUUGGCUGUGGCAAUAAUAUUCAUAUAAAAUGCAUGAAGAUCUUAGCUAGUUUUCAGGAAAGGACGUUAAACACUUCCAUGCUGAAAUGCCCUCUGUGUAGGAAAGAGUUCGCACCAUUAAAACUUGUGUUAGAAGAAUUCAAAAACUCUAGCAAAUUUGCAGCCACAAGUGAGAAAGUACAAUUGGACAAACAUCUUGGAAUUCCCUGUAAUAGUUGUAAACAAUUUCCAAUUGUGGGCAAGUGUUAUAAGUGUACUGAGUGUACAGAAUAUCACUUAUGUCAGAAAUGUUUUGAUCACCGUGACCAGCAUUUUCACUCAUUUACAUUUCGUGAGAAAAGAAAUCAAAGUUGGAGAUCACUAGAAAAAAUGUCUGAUAAAAUGAUAAAGUAUAUAAAUACGAAAAGUGUUAUAGAAGACAAUAUGCCACAUUUUCAAAAAGAGAAAGGCCAUGUGUGCACACCAAAGGGCGUCGUCAAAUCACUGCCCCUGUUACUCAUCACGAAGAACAGUCACCUGCUUGUUCCGGGAUACCAGUGCCGACUUUGUUUAAAGGCAUUUCAUGUUGGUGAACAUCUAAGAAUUCUACCGUGUACUCACAAGUUUCAUAGGAAAUGUAUUGACAGAUGGUUAUUCCACCAGUGCAAUUCAUGCCCUAUUGAUGGACAAGUUAUAUAUAACCCUUUAACCUGGAAAGAAACAACAGUGAAUGGACAUGCUCAUCAGUCUGUGUCUAACACAGAUUAUCCUCAUCAAGAAGAGCCAGAACUUUUUAUUCCUGGUACUGGAUUAAUCUUAAAACAAAAUAGACUUGGAUUUUUACCUCACCUACCUCAACAUAUGCCUGAAAAUUUGGAUACAAUUCAAAAUCCCUAUCAUAAUAUAAGGAUAAAUAAUCUAAAUCCUAACAAAUUAGAAGAGUCAAUUUCAGAAAAGUUAAUCACCGAAUAUAAUGUUAGCCAACACUUCCCCAGAUAUCUACAAGAUUUACCGACUCCAUCUUUUGGGAAAAUGCCAUCUCAACCAUUUCUUCCUCCUAUUGUUCAUAAGAACACCAGAUAUUCUACUGUAACGGAAAGGCCAUAUAUAAAUAAAAAUUUCCACAUUGAUCAAAGUCAAAAGACAGUGAAAAAGAAGACCCCUGGUAUUAACAGAGAGCACAGCAGGAAACCAAAUAUAUUACUUUCAGAUUUAAAUUUUACUGUCAAUUGCGGUGCACAACCUAGCUCAACUAAAAGGAAUAAAAAUUGCUUGGAGAGAGUCAGACCAAAAUUUGGUCGUCUAUCAAAAAAGCCUACAUAUCACUCUUUAAAUACAAAUAGUAGUGAGAUAUCAUUAAAAUUGGAAGGAGUUCAGUUAUGA